AUGGCCUCCAACAGCAUCUUCGACUCCUUUCCCAACUACACACCGACCUUCAUACGAGACCCGAGCACCAGCCGCCGCUUCACUCCCCCCUCCACGGCCUUCCCCUGCGGCGGCGGUAAGAUGGGCGAGAACAGCGGCGCGCUGAGCGCGCAGGCUGCCGCGGGCCCCGGCGGCCGCACCCGGCCCGAGGUGCGCUCGAUGGUGGACGUGCUGGCCGACCACGCGGGAGAGCUUGUGCGCACCGACAGCCCCAACUUCCUCUGCUCUGUUCUGCCUUCGCAUUGGCGCUGCAACAAGACUCUGCCAGUCGCCUUCAAGGUGGUGGCACUGGGGGACGUGCCUGAUGGGACGGUGGUGACAGUGAUGGCGGGCAAUGAUGAGAAUUACUCCGCUGAGCUACGCAAUGCUUCCGCUGUCAUGAAGAACCAAGUGGCCAGGUUCAACGACCUUCGCUUCGUGGGCCGGAGCGGGCGAGGGAAAAGUUUCACGCUCACAAUCACCGUGUUCACCAACCCUACCCAAGUGGCCACCUACCACCGAGCCAUCAAGGUCACCGUGGAUGGACCCCGGGAGCCCCGACGGCACCGGCAGAAGAUAGAAGAUCAGACCAAGGCCUUCCCCGACCGCUUCGGAGACCUGCGCAUGCGUGUAACGCCCAGCACCCCCAGCCCCCGGAGCUCGCUCAGCACCACGAGCCAUUUCAGCAGUCAAGCCCAGACCCCAAUCCAAGGCUCCUCAGACCUGAACCCCUUCUCGGACCCACGCCAAUUUGACCGCUCAUUCUCUACGCUGCAAAGCCUCACGGAGAGCCGCUUCCCGGACCCCAGGAUGCACUACCCGGGCGCCAUGUCUGCCGCCUUUCCCUACAGCGCCACGCCGUCGGGCACUAGCCUGGGCAGCCUGAGCGUGGCGGGCAUGCCAGCCAGCAGCCGCUUCCAUCACACCUACCUCCCGCCGCCCUACCCCGGGGCCCCGCAGAGCCAGAGCGGGCCCUUUCAGGCCAACCCCGCGCCCUACCACCUCUUCUACGGCGCCUCCUCCGGCUCCUACCAGUUCUCCAUGGCGGCUGCGGGCGGUGGCGAGCGCUCGCCCACCCGCAUGCUGACCUCCUGCCCCAGCGGCGCCUCGGUGUCCGCGGGCAACCUCAUGAACCCCAGCCUGGGUCAGGCUGAUGGCGUGGAGGCCGAUGGCAGCCACAGCAACUCGCCCACGGCCCUGACCACGCCGGGCCGUAUGGACGAGGCCGUGUGGCGGCCCUACUGA